AUGGAGGAUUUAUAUACUGAACCUUAUUCUGAAACUGAAACUAUAUCAACAACACCCUCAGCUUUAAGUGCUAAUAGUUUAACCCAAAAGAAACGAAAAACCACUUUGUUAUCUUCUAAAACAAAAACAAAACUUUGUAGUAAUUGCAGUCAUACAACUUAUUUUUUUAAGGUAGAUAAAAAUGAUUCUUCCAUCGCUUAUUGUAAA